UCACCGGGCCGUGAUCGACUUCAUCAUCAUCCUCCGCUUCGCCGUUAGUCGGUCGGAUCGGCUGGCAGGUCGAUGGAGACUCACAACUGGUGACAGCGUCCUUUAUUUUUUAUUUUUCCUCGAGAAAGAUAGACAGAAAUGUCAACCCAGGGUUACGGGAACCCGCAGUCGGCCGUCAAUAACUACAGCUUGAGCUCCGCGCAGAACGGAGGCGGAGCGGCGACGGUGCCCUGUCAGAACGGUCCUGGGCAGACGUAUCCUGCCAUGCAUCCGUCAUCCAGCUACUACAAUUCUGCUCCACCUGCUGGUUACCCCACUAUGACGGGACACAGCGCUCCUCCUGCUGGCAAAAUCCCAGUUUCAGGCACAGACUAUAGUGGGAACUACUAUCAGAACAGCUCAGGGCCGUCGCAGUACCCGGCAGCACCAGGAUCACAGACACUCCCGUACUCCACCUCCAAUCCCCCGGUGCAGUCUUUACAGCAGGCCGCACCUUAUGCAAUGCCAGCCGGGUAUUAUGGACAGCCCUAUAGUCAGCCCUCACACGGGCAAACUCAUGCUCAGCCUCAGCAGAUGCAGCCCAGUUUGGUUCCAGCAUCUAGUGGCAAUAACCUCGGCGCCCCAUUGUACCCCAUCGUUUCUUACCCAUCAGCCCCUGGGAGCAGUCAGUAUGGCACGCUGAGAUCCUCUCAGACUGGCAUCGGACAGCCACCGGUUUCUACAGUCAUGCCCCCGCCACCUACGCAGAGUUCUUUGCAGCAGUAUUCUCAAGCGAAAGGGGCCACGACCACACCAGCUCACCCGGGUUAUGGAGCUCCGCCCCUUAGCCAAAUGCCCACUGUCAAUGGCCAAUCAAAUGCAGUUCAACAACACUACGACCAAAACCUUGUCAAUCCCAUGAGCCAUCAUUACAGCGGGGCCCCUCCCACUUCAAUGGGCCCCAAUACAGAGAGGACACCCUCAGGAACUCCCGGCGCCUCUGUGCAUUCAUCACCCGGACACCAUCAGGGGCUGCUGUACGCUGACCGUGGGGUGAAUAACGCCGUUAGCUCGGCCGCGGGCGAUCACUCCUCAUCCAGUUCUGACCAUGAGGAAGAGGAUGAGGAGGAUGAGGAAGCAGGUGGAGACAGCUCCUCUACAACCACAGGCAGUGCAUCUCCGGUUCCCAACAGCUACGAGUCUCUGGAGGGCGGCGGUUACCAAGCAGAUCUCGCAGCUCCUCCUGCUGGCGUUCCCACUAAACAAGCUCCGCCCUUUGGAUACAAUUAUCCAACCAUGCAUCCUGGUUACCAACAAAGCCCCGCCCCCAGGCCAGACUCCUCCCCUGCACACGGAGGGUACAACCCAUCAGGAUACCAGCCGUACUCGCAGCCUUUCCCCUCUCUGAACGAGCUGUCGUCAGCGUUAGGAGGUCUGAGCGGCGUUCCUGAGCUGGAAAUGGAAACCCUGAGACCCCUUAAUCUGCUGCAGGAGCGAAACAUCCUUCCUCCAAAACAAGCGUCUCCACCUGAACCCAACCUGAGCAGUGACCUGCGCAAAGUCAACUGUAACCCAGACACGUUUCGCUGUACUCUCACUAACAUUCCCCAGACUCAGGCUCUGCUCAAUAAAGCUCGUCUGCCUCUUGGAUUAUUGCUGCAUCCCUUCAGAGAUUUAACGCAGUUACCGGUCAUCACCUCUAACACUAUAGUUCGCUGUCGAUCAUGUCGGACGUACAUAAACCCGUUUGUUUCCUUCCUGGACCAGCGCAGGUGGAAAUGUAACCUGUGUUACAGAGUCAACGAUGUUCCUGAUGAGUUCAUGUAUAACCCUGUAACUCGCUCAUACGGCGAACCGCACAAGAGACCCGAGGUCCAGAAUUCAACAGUGGAGUUUAUCGCCUCUUCAGAUUACAUGCUGCGGCCUCCUCAGCCAGCCGUCUACCUGUUUGUCUUGGAUGUAUCCCAUAAUGCAGUGGAAUCGGGCUACCUGAAUGUGUUCUGCCAGUCAUUGCUGGAUAACCUUGACAAGCUGCCUGGAGAUACUCGCACUCGCAUCGGUUUCGUGACAUUUGACAGCACCAUCCACUUCUACAACCUGCAGGAGGGUCUUUCUCAGCCUCAGAUGCUGGUGGUGUCUGAUAUUGAGGAUGUGUUCAUCCCGACACACGACAGUCUGCUGGUCAAUCUCAAAGAGAGUAAAGAGCUGGUGAAGGAUCUUCUGAACGCUCUGCCUGGGAUGUUCAGUCAGACACGGGAGACUCAGAGCGCUCUGGGUCCCGCUCUGCAGGCGGCGUAUAAACUCAUGUGUCCGACUGGAGGCCGAGUGUCGGUGUUUCAGACCCAGCUGCCCACGCUCGGCGCCGGGCUCCUGCAGUCUAGAGAAGACCCCAAUCUCAGAUCCAGCACCAAGACUGUCCAGCAUUUGGCUCCUGCUACAGACUUCUACAAGAAACUGGCUCUGGAUUGUUCUGGUCAGCAGAUUGGAGUGGAUCUGUUCUUACUGAGCUCCCAGUACUCAGAUCUGGCUUCUUUAGCGUGUGUGUCCAAAUACUCUGCGGGCAGCGUCUUCUACUACCCGUCCUUCCACCACAUCCACAAUACAGCGCAGAGACAGAAACUGCAGCGGGACCUCCAGCGCUACCUCAGCAGAAAGAUCGGCUUUGAAGCUGUCAUGAGGAUCAGGUGCACCAAAGGCUUGUCCAUCCACACUUUCCAUGGCAACUUCUUUGUGCGCUCCACUGAUCUGCUUUCUCUGGCCAACGUGAACCCGGACUCUGGUUUCGCCGUUCAGAUGUCCAUCGAGGAGAGUUUAGCCGAUACGUCACUGGCCUGCUUUCAGGCGGCUCUUCUCUACACCUCCAGCAAAGGCAAACGUCGUAUCCGAGUGCACACCCUGUGUCUGCCUGUGGUCAGUCAACUGAAUGAAGUGUUCGCCGGAGCUGAUAUUCAGGCCAUCACAUGCCUGCUGGCAAACAUGGCGAUCGAUCGCUCCGUCUCCUCCAGUCUGUCUGAUGCGAGAGACGCUCUGGUCAAUGCUGUGGUGGAUUGUUUAUCAGCGUAUCGAGCGAACGGCUCUAACAUCCAGCCCUCGGGUCUGAUCGCCCCUGCAGCCCUGCGGCUCUUCCCUCUGUAUGUGCUUGCUCUGCUCAAACAGAAAGCUCUGCGGACGGGUACCAGCACGCGUCUGGACGAGCGAGUGUUUUCCAUGUGCGAGUUUAAGAGUCAGCCACUGCAUCAGAUCAUGCGUAUGGUUCAUCCAGACCUGUACCGCAUGGACAACAUGACUGAACAGGGGGCGCUGCAUCUCAAUGACUCUGUGGUUCCUCAGCCUCCGUUACUGCAGCUCACAGCGGAGAAACUGACGAGAGAGGGAGCGUUUCUCAUGGACUGUGGAAGCGUGAUGUAUCUGUGGGUUGGGAAGUGCUGUAGUGAGAUGUUCAUACGUGAUGUGUUGGGAUUCCCCAAUUAUGCAUCUUUACCGUCCAGCAUGACUGAGAUCCCAGAGCUGCAGACGACGUAUUCAGAGCGAACUCGAGCCUUCAUUUCUUGGCUGCUGGAGUCCAGAACCUUCCAUCCUGCUUUUCAUGUGGUCAAGGAUGACGCUCCGGCUAAGAGCAGUUUUUUCCAGCACCUGGUGGAGGACCGCACCGAAUCCGCCUUCUCAUAUUACGAGUUCCUGCUCCACGUCCAGCAGCAGAUGUCCAAGUAGACGGAUAGACGCAAACCCAGAAAACACGGUUCACCGAUCGCUUCUGUUCCGCGGCUCAACUUUAGCAGCAAGCGCUCUGAUUGGACCGCAGAGAGGCAGAGACACGCCCCCUGGACCCACCGGCCAAUCACAGCCUCGGUGGCUCGCCUGGGGGGGAAGAGCAGGAGUGCAUUAAAGACAAUAUAAAAGAUAAAGAUACAUGAUUAAUGGAUGAUUAUAGCAAACAAGGAGCAAAAGGACAAAGAUGACAUGUAGCAGACUGGACUGCACAUCGAGACACUUAUCGAGCUCUUUUCCAAUCAUUCCCACCUGAUUAAAACCCCUCAGACGCAGCAGCCAAGAUAAUUUCUCAUUAUUAUUAUUCUUUUUUUACAGUUUUACAUGAAUUGUGUUUGUUUCCAUCAGUGUGAGCUAGAUUUUCUUUAAAUACAUGCAAUCCUCAGAGUUCUCGUUGCAUAUUAUUGAUCACUACAGAACAUCUGUGUGCUUUUCUCUGUUUUCGUUGAGUCCCGCUGUCCUCUCCUCUCCUCCUGUGAUGAGACCUUGUGAAAGUGUGUCGCUCGUGAUGUUGUAAUGAUCUCUUGUCUCCAUCAGAUCUCUUUCCUCUUGUCUUUUCUUCAUCAUCAUCUUCAUCUGCUGCUGCUUGUUUAAUGAAGCUCUGAAUGAAGAUCCUCGCUGAUCAUGCAUCGUGUUCUUUGGGGGG